AUGCCAGCGAGAGUACGGCCGCUGCGAGCGGGCCAUACUGCUGACGAGGGAGCAGUAAGCUUCCUCCCGACAUCCUCCACCAUCACCGCCCAGCACGCUGUGAUAACGAAAGCAUACUUGCAUGCAGGCAAGACGUGUGACCGGCCGAAAGUCUCAGAGUCGUACGUUUCUCGCCCGCUCCCCGCGCCCGAGCGAGGAGAGGGAGGAAUGGUGAGGAGGUCGGAUGGCAUCCCACCUCCAUCGCGACCAUUCAUCACAUCCCAUCCCAUCUCAUCCCCGCCGUCGACAGUUCCACAAAGCAGCAUGAUCCGGUUCACCGCAAGUUGCUGCUCUGCCCACCCGUCCAGCAAGCCCAGCCAUGGUGAUGAAAUAUUAGUAGGCGAUGGACCCCGAAAGGCGUGGUUGAUUGGUUUCCGGAGGUGUCCCGGCGGCAUCUUCCUUUAA